AGAAGCAAAAUUUGGAUGAAUUGAUAUAACUAAGUUGCCGUCAUGAGCAGAAGCAAGCGUGACAACAAUUUCUACAGUGUUGAAAUUGGAGACUCUACUUUCACUGUAUUGAAACGGUAUCAGAAUUUAAAACCAAUAGGAUCAGGAGCACAAGGGAUAGUAUGUGCAGCUUAUGAUGCCAUCCUUGAACGAAAUGUUGCAAUCAAGAAGUUAAGCCGACCGUUUCAGAACCAAACCCACGCUAAAAGAGCCUACAGAGAGCUUGUUCUUAUGAAGUGCGUUAAUCACAAAAAUAUAAUCGGCCUACUGAAUGUGUUCACACCACAAAAAUCCCUGGAAGAAUUUCAGGAUGUCUACAUAGUGAUGGAGCUCAUGGAUGCAAAUCUCUGCCAGGUGAUUCAGAUGGAGCUAGACCAUGAACGAAUGUCUUAUCUUCUUUAUCAAAUGCUGUGUGGUAUCAAACAUCUUCAUUCAGCUGGAAUUAUACAUAGGGAUUUAAAGCCCAGUAAUAUAGUAGUAAAGUCAGACUGCACUUUGAAGAUUCUUGACUUUGGACUGGCCAGAACUGCAGGAACUAGUUUUAUGAUGACGCCUUAUGUAGUGACUCGUUACUACAGAGCACCAGAGGUCAUCCUAGGGAUGGGAUACAAAGAAAACGUUGACAUUUGGUCAGUUGGGUGCAUCAUGGGAGAAAUGAUCAAAGGUGGUGUUUUAUUUCCUGGUACAGAUCAUAUUGAUCAAUGGAAUAAAGUUAUAGAGCAGCUAGGAACACCAUGCCCUGAAUUUAUGAAGAAAUUACAGCCUACAGUCCGAACUUAUGUGGAGAACAGACCUAAAUAUGCUGGAUAUAGUUUUGAAAAACUCUUUCCAGAUGUCCUUUUCCCAGCUGACUCUGAACACAAUAAACUUAAAGCAAGUCAAGCAAGGGAUUUGUUAUCAAAGAUGCUGGUUAUAGAUGCUUCUAAAAGAAUCUCUGUGGAUGAAGCCCUGCAGCACCCGUACAUCAAUGUUUGGUAUGAUCCGUCAGAAGCAGAAGCUCCUCCACCAAAGAUACCAGAUAAGCAGUUAGAUGAGAGGGAGCACACGAUAGAAGAAUGGAAAG